AUGACGUACACUGGUUCAGCUGCCAAAGGGCCUGCUGGGUCCCAUCCAUCAUCAAAAGUGAAAAAAAUUGGAUGCUGUUGCCAAUCACACCUCCCUUAUAAAUAUUACAGGUUUCUGCUUGCUAAUAUCUCAGCACGCACCCUCUCAGUGACAUUGAUUUUGCUGGACACUACUAUGAGCGGGAAUGGAAUUCGGAAAGUUACAUCCCUAGAUUCCUCACGCUCUGGAUCAUCUGCAAACUUGCAGGCAUCAAGGUCAGAAGCGAGUGGAGAUGACACGAAAUCCCGGCCCUUUUUAUCUAAACAAGCUUCUAUGGGGCACGCUGGCGUGUUUGAAAACGGUGCGUUCGCAAAACAGCUACAACGCAGGCAUAAGGGUUUCCAUAACCCUGCGCUAACGCAUUCCCCUGAUGACCCCAUACCACCUUUUACACAUCCUAUAAAACCAAGAAUCCCAGGCCUGCACAGAACCACCAGUAAUGUCUCUGUUAGUGGGAAAAACAGUUCUGGGACCAGUCAGCGCAAGGGCUCAAGAGCCGGUUCUCUUUUCAAGCGAUUGGCAGGGAUGAAAAUGAUUUCUGUAGGAGGCGGUGAUACCAACAACAGUGACGGCCAGGAGUCAGUCACGAAAGAACGAACGCCGGCCGCCGCCGCCGGAGGCAGUGGCGGUGGCGGUGGUCCGGCCAGUAUACGCCGCAAAAUGAGCACGUUCAUCCACAAUUCCGGCGAUGCUCGAAGCGGUAAUGUCAGCAAGCAGAGCCUAUUUGCGGGUUCAAGCGGUACAAGUAGACGAGGGUCGGUUGCAAGUAUCACGACUUCUGGAAGUAGUAAUUCUCAGACGCUCUCGCAUAGUCAGCAAUUACAAAAAGCUUCUAGCGGUUCAGAGAGUCGCGCGGAUGGCCGACUCUCUGAGGGACGCUCGGAUGGUUCGGAAAGUCCGGUACGCAGUCCAAGAGGUAUCACCAGAAGCACCAGCUAUUUUCUUUUGGAUACCGAUCUCAAUAAUCUGUCGGAUAUUACCAACGCGGCGCCAGCACCAAUCAAAAAAGACGAUAAGAUUGAGACUCAACAAACAAGUGACCGACAAGCCUCUAAAGUCACACAGGCCCUGGCCACACCAGAAGUUAAACAGUCUAUCGAGCCAGCUUAUUCAAGAACUCAAUGGACUGCGCCCGAGAGUUGGGACAUAGACGAAGAAGUCGGUAAACCUACACCUGGUAAAGGCAAGCGAAGACAUCACCGUCACGGCAAUCAGGGAUCUGGCACCCCUACCGGUCGGAGAACCAAUGACCCUUCUACGCCACACGCGGGUAAAAGAGGUCGCGAAACCUCUCCCAGUAGCUCACUUUCCAAAAUUGAUAGCAGGAGUCUUUCAAAAUUAGAAGACAGGUCAGAGUUCGGAAUGGUUCACCGAAAAAUUCCGUCCACUCAAAGAUUAGGUGAGAGCAAUUCGCGUGACGUUUCGCCUAAUACGCCUGCACGAGCCGUGUCACCAGUUAGCAUUACCAGUAGCGUGGCGAGCAAAGGCAGAAAUCACAGUGAAACUAUUUCAACUCUAAGCGAUUAUGAGGACGAAGAAGGUGAUAUAAAUCACCUGCGUAGUGAUUCAAUGGGCUCAAGUCAAACUUUUGAUUCUGAUGUUUUGAAAAAUGAUGAAGAUAACGACCGAAUCUAUUACGAAUUGCAAAAAUACUAUAAUGACUUUAGUGAUGUUGAUCCACACCGGAAAUAUGCUAUUCGAAUAUUCAAUACGGAUGACACAUUCACGACUUUGUCUUGUACAGCAAAUCAGACUGUUCAGGAGAUGAUUCCUCAGCUUAAAAGGAAGUUUAAUGUGGGACAAGGGAAUUAUCAAGUCUCGCUUAAAGUUGCCAAAGUGCCCAAAAUUCUCAGGCCUCAGGCGCGUCCCAUCCUCAUUCAAAGAAGACUUCUUCUUUUAAGUGGAUACUCUAAAAGCGAUCCGCUACACAUUAUGGGUAUAGAGGAUUUGAGUUUCGUUUUUAAGUUCAUCUUUCACCCCGUUGCCACCUCUCAUCUUACAUAUGAGCAAGAACAAAGAUUAAGUCGUGGAGAUUUCGCACACGUCGAUUUGCGUACAAUGAAUCUUACCAUUCCUCCAAUUAUUUUUUACCAGUAUACUUCCAACAUUGAGAGUUUAGAUGUUUCAAACAAUGCAAACAUCUUUUUACCCUUGGACUUCAUAGAAAGUGCAAUCAAACUUUCAAGUUUGCGCAUGGUGAACAUCAGAGCAUCCAGAUUUCCGCCCAAUAUCACCGAAGCCUACAAGUUGGUUUCUUUGGACCUCGAACGCAAUUUCAUCAAGAGGGUACCCAACGCGAUAUCAAAUUUGGCGAAUCUGACAAUUUUAAACCUGCAAUGCAAUGAACUGGAAAGAUUGCCUAACGGAUUCACAAGCUUGAAAAAUCUUCAGUUACUUGAUGUCUCUUCCAACAAGUUUUCGCAAUUUCCCGAAGUAAUUUGUCACUGUACCAGUCUUCUUCAAAUCGAUCUGUCAUACAACAAGAUUCCCAAUGUCCCACCCUCGGUGAACGGACUAGUGAAACUGGCGAAGAUGAAUCUUUCCAACAAUAGAAUUACCCAAUUAGCCGAUUUGGUUGGCAUGACAAAUUUGAGAACCUUGAAUUUAAAACACAAUCGCAUAAACUCAGUCAAAUUGAAUGCUCCUAAUUUGCAGAAUCUGUUCUUAUCUGAUAACCGGAUAAGUGUGUUUGACGACAAAUUGCUCAGGCUCCGCACUUUAGAAAUUCAAGAAAACCCGAUUACUGCUAUAGCCUACCGAGGUGAACUUUUGGAAAAUCUUACAACCCUAUCUCUCAACAAAGCCAAACUUAGUAGCUUAGCACCCGAGAUUUUGUUCAAAUUGCCAAAUUUAGAAAAAUUGGAACUAAAUGAAAACAACCUGACGCAAAUUCCUCCAGAGAUAAAGAAUCUUUCACGGUUAGUCUAUCUCUCAGCGGCACGUAAUAAAUUGGAAGGUCUUCCUGAAGAGCUGACUGAACUGAAAAAUUUGAAAACCUUAGAUGUUCAUUCGAAUAACUUGAGCAACCUCGUGAGGGGUAUGGGUAGAAUGGAGCUAACUUAUUUUAACGUAUCAUCGAAUCUUUUGGGCAAUACGAUCAAUGUUGAAGAGAUAUUCCUAGACAGAGACAAUUCACCUUUAGCCAAAAGUUUGCUCUUUUUGAGCAUGUCGGACAAUAACAUGGGAGAUCAAUUUUGGACGCUGUUCAACUUCUAUGAGAAUCUGAAAACUUUGAAUUUGGCUUAUAAUAAUCUGACCGAUCUCUCAAGUUUGAAACUUGAAGGUCUAACAGAGCUCUAUCUCUCCGGUAAUAACCUCGUAACUCUUCCGGGAGAUACGGUUUUGAAGUUAAGCUCUUUGAAAGUCUUACUUUUGAACGGAAAUCAUUUACUUUCUUUACCAUCUGAAUUAUCUCACCUGAAGCAACUGACGGUACUAGAUGUCGGAUCAAAUCAGUUGAAAUACAACAUCUCUAACUAUCAAUAUGACUGGAAUUGGGCUCAUAACCUAGAACUCAAAUACUUGAACUUUUCGGGAAACAAGCGAUUCGAAAUCAAGUCCACAUCCGAUCAUGAGAGUAAAGAAGAUUUGUCCAAUUUAACUGUUCUCAAGGACAUGCGUAUACUGGGCUUGAUGGAUGUCACCAUUAAGACUUCGAGGGUACCUGACGAAAGUGUGAACGUACGUCUUAGAACGACGGCUUCCUUGAUAAACGGUUUGAAGUAUGGUGUCGCUGAUACCUUGGGCCAAAAGGAUUGCGUCACGACGAGAGACGUUACUUUUGAAAGGUUUAGAGGCAAGGAAGACGAAUGCUUGAUUUGUCUUUACGACGGUAAAAACGAAGGCGUAAAUGCAGGCCACAAGAUAUCAAAGAUUAUCAGAGAUAUCUACGAUAAGAUUUUGAUCAGGCAGCUCGAAAAAUUCGGUGAAGACGAAGAAGGCAUACGGAAGGCCUUGAGGUUCAGUUUUCUUCAAUUGAAUAAAGAAAUUAAUGGGAUGCUGAAUUCCGUAGAUGCGGAUAAUGCAAACUAUGAGUUCACCUCAGUUGAUCUUUUGAGUGGGUCAUCUGCAACCGUCGUGUUCAUUAAAGGCCAAAAACUCUACACUGCAAACAUUGGUGAUACGAUGGCCGUUUUGUCAAGAAAUAACGGUGAUGUUGUUCCUUUAACAACGUUGCAUAUACCAACAAAGCGAGACGAAUACAAGAGAAUCAGAAUUUCUGGCGGAUAUGUCAACAAUAGCAAGUUGGAUGGCGUUUCUGACAUCUCGCGCGGUGUCGGAUUUUUUGACCUGUUACCUCAUAUUCACGCAUCACCCGACAUUACAGCAUUUGAUCUGAGAAGUACAGAUGAGAUGAUAAUCAUUGCCACUAAGAAGCUUUGGGAGUUUCUGGAUUACGAUAUCAUUUGUGACAUAUGCAGGGAACAUAAGUCUGAGCCGAUGCUGGCCGCUGAAAAACUCAAGGAUUACUCCAUUUCCUAUGGAUGUGUAGACAAUAUGACGAUCCUAUGUUUAUCUCUUGACAAAAGCGCGGACAAUAGAACCAACUUCAAUUUGAAUCGAAAUGAUUUGAUUUCUCGCCGAAGCAACUUCGAAGACACAACUCUGAGAAGGAUGCAGCCGGAAAUAGCUCCACCUACUGGCAAUCUUGCAAUGGUCUUCACAGAUAUCAAGAACUCGACUUUUCUCUGGGAGCUAUUUCCAGAUGCUAUGCGCAGUGCAAUAAAAAUUCAUAACGAUAUUAUGCGGAGAAACCUCCGCAUUUUCGGGGGAUACGAGGUCAAGACCGAAGGUGAUGCGUUCAUGGUUGCCUUUCCUACACCAAUUACUGCACUUGUCUGGUGUUUGAGCGUUCAGCUCAAAUUACUUGAUGCAGAAUGGCCGGAAGAAAUUACCUCCAUUCAAGGCGGAUGUCUAAUCACCGACAAGCUUGGAAAGAAAAUUUAUUUGGGCUUAUGCGUUAGAAUGGGUAUCCAUUGGGGUUGUCCCGUCCCCGAGCUUGAUGUUGUUACUCAAAGAAUGGACUAUUUAGGCCCGGUCGUCAACAAAGCAGCUCGAGUGUCAGGUGUUGCAGAUGGAGGACAAAUUACAUUGAGUAAUGACUUCUUUUCCGAGUUCAACAAAAUUUUGGGAUUUCAUGAGCGUGUUGCUCACGAUCACGAACCUCUUGAAAAGGUUUAUGGGGAAAAUCUCGUGGGAGAAAUUCUGGAGCGGGAAAUGCAAUCUCUGGAGAAUAUUGGAUGGGUUUUUAGAGAGUUAGGUGAGCAAAAAUUGAAAGGAUUGGAAACUAAAGAAUAUAUCACCAUCGCCUACCCCAAAAGCUUGGCGUCUAGGCACGAUUUUGUCUCAAACCAAGCCGACAGUAGUACGGUCAGUGACGAAGUUUUGUUCCAAUUUCGAACUCUCUCAAACAGAUUGGAAGGCUUGGUCUCCCUUCUCAGUGGCGGCCUCAUUGAGAAGGAGAAAAACAAUAUGGGCGCAUACGUGACUUUCGACACUAAGACAAAGAACGCCGUUAUGAGCUCUGCUUCCGAAAAUGACAGGAUUUGCCUCUUUGAUCAUAUUAUCACGCGAAUCGAGUCGAUUGUCGCGAUUCUUCAAAUCCGUCAACGUAUGGAUGGUAGUCUUCAAAUGCCCACGGCAUCUGAUGGUACCCCAGAAAGGACGCUUUAUGAGAUGUUAGAUCAACUCUUUGCUGAAGCAGGAAGAUAA